UUCGUGUGUAGAAAGGGAGACGCUCUUUGCGCGACGUUGUCCACUUUCUACGAGUCGUCCAAUGGCGGCGGCUUACAACAAUGGCUUGUGUGGAAUAGUCGUCGCUCUCGGGAGAAAAGUGACCGAAGGACGCUCGCGCAUGUACGCGUAUACAGUUUGCGCGUAGGCGGUUAAAUUAUGUAUAUAAUGUCGUAUGUAGACGGGGAUAUUAUAUGUAGUUACGCACACAGAGGCGAAGCUGGCUCUGUAAAAUCGAGCGACCACUGGAUUUAAUGACAAUCUCGUAUUUGGGAGCAGUUGUCGCUGAACAGGUGGUAAAGGAUGUAGGGUACGCGCGUGCAUCUCGACAUAUUCUCUCGUUUUCCUCGCAUCGGCCCGCGCUGCAUUAUACAAUAUUUCCCCGCGAAGUUUUAUAUGACUGUGAGACUGUGACUGUGACCCGUAUACGUGCGCGCGCGUGUACUAAAUAAAGAAAAAGGGAAAAAGGGAGGAGGAGAAUUCUUCAUCCAGUUUGGUGAUCCGGAGUUAAGAGAUUUUCUUCUCUUGACGUUCCAUGACUUCAGUCGGCGAUACAAAGUGAGUAUUAUAAGGUUGUGCGAGGGUGCGGGGAAGAAUCCGCGAGUAAUGGGUGAUUACGAAGAGGAGUUUGCGAUGGUCGUCCAAUACGUGCGAUCUCUGAGUUGGCAAGACAAUUAAGUUUUAAUGUUACAAGAUGCGUUAUGGCUGCUUUGUGAAAUUUCCAUGACUCCAACUUCAUUUAUUUGCAGAUCAACAAAAAAUGACAGUAUUAGAAGCAGAGGAGGAUACUUAUGAACAGCCGAAUCCACCAAAGAAGAAACUUUGUCUCUCUCUUUCGGCCCUGUCAGAAAGACGUAAUCAAGGAAUCAAUAAAAAUAAAUCCGAUCUUCAAGUAGUCGGAAGGGCUAGCACUAGCCAAGCACGUCCUUUCCAAUUAAGUACAGGCAAAAUGUUGAAUGAUUUUCAAAGGCUGGGUAGUAAUCAUCGGGAUCCUGGCUGCGAUAUAACAUCAAAUAUUAUUAUUGGCGGUUUGCGAAUAGCGACUUUGUGCAAUUUGGGCAAUACUUGCUUUUUAAAUAGUAUACUUUAUACGCUGCGAUGUACGCCAUCUUUCUUGCACAAUCUUCAUCAUUUAGCAACGGAUUUAUCCAUUAUCAGCGAAAAACAGCUUCAAACGAAAAUAAAAAUAUCAUCCUUAGGUAGAACUGGUAUGUCAUCAACGACAAAUAGCAGUCGAAGCUGGAGUAAUAAAGAUCUACCAUCGUUGACGGCUGUAAGCGCAGCGACAGAGCUCAACAAACCUCGAAUUCAAGUAGCUACUGAAAAGUUACACGAAUUGUUUAUGUCAUUAAGAGAAUUAGAAACAAGGGAGAACAAUGAACCUUUUCAACCCGAUGCUUUUUUACAAGCACUAAGGGAUGUCAAUACAAUAUUUGAGGGCAAUCAACAGCAAGAUGCGCACGAGCUACUUGUUUGCCUCCUUGACAAUAUUCGCGAGACGUUUCAACUUUUUGUGAGAACACGUGAAAAUCAAUUUAAUUGGCGCGUAAACGCUAGCACCAGUACCCAGGUGGACUCGCUGCAGGAUCGCGCACUGCAAUCCGACAGCAAUAAGCGCGGCAAUCGCAAAUUGCAGAAGCAGAAGAAAAAAUCGGCGACGAGUUCGGUUCGCGCCACAAGUGCCAGUGGCUUCUUGCAAAUGAAUGUCAAUGGCAUGACCGUUAGGUCCACGACGUCGGGCAGACACCCGUCGGAGAACGGGAGUGUUACGCCUCCAACGAUUAACGGCGAUAUCAAUACCUUCAAUCGAUUAGAGAAUAAGAAGUGCUUUAUAUCGGAAGACUUUGAGGGGGUUAGUCUUCUGCGGACCACGUGCUUGGAAUGCGAGCAAGUUACUGAGAGAAAAGAGACUUUUUGUGACAUCUGCGUCCCCAUUGAUCGAUCAAACGAGAAAGACGAUGACGGGAAAACAUUGGAUUGUAGUGCAAUUUUUAGAAAGGCUGUCGUAACGAGCGAACUAUUAUUUGGUUCGAACAAAUAUUGGUGCGCCACAUGCUUACGGUACAAUGAGGCCACACGAGCCGUCUGCUUCCCAUCAUUACCACGAUUACUCAUUUUACAAUUGGAGCGAUUUUCCACAGCUGCUGGUUCAAUGGAGAAGAUCAACAAUCACAUGCCAACGCCUUUAAGUCUACAGUGUUUCUGCGAACAGUGCAAUAUCAUUACCGAUCAAUCUCACCUCAUGGCUGGACAGUCGUCGGGUACGCAUCAAAAGGAGCUCCAUCAGCGCCAUGUUUACAACCUAUAUUCUGUUAUAAUGCAUCAAGGAGCGACGAUGACAGCGGGUCAUUACGUUGCGUACACGCGUUUGCCGAGUGACUCAGUCCACACGGAGUACAAGCAGUGCGAGCGCGACAGCAGCACUCAUCGACAGUACAGCAACCAGGCCCAGCAGCAGCAACAGCCGCAGCAGCAGCAGCAGCAACACCAUCAGCAACAAAACUAUCAGUCGUCGGGUGGCCAACAAAAUGGCCAUCAUGGCUCAGAUAACAGCAAGAUCACUACGGCCUUGCUGAGCUGCUUCGGUAACAAGUCCAAUGUUAAUGAGAACAAGGAGCCGCCAUUGAGGAACAAGCACCAAUACCAGCAAUAUCAGCAACAACAGCAACAGCAUCAUCAGCAACAGCUGCAGCAGCAGCAACAACAGCAGCAGCAGCAGUAUGGUUGUCGGGGCAACGAGUGUUGCGGCAUUAGGCAGACCUCGCGUCACGAGAGCGGCACCUGGCUGGAGUGUGACGACGAAGCCGUGCGGGUUAUCGCCGUGCGCGAGCUCCAGGAUAAACUCGCUCCGAAUUCCCGCAACUCGGCGACGCCUUAUCUCCUCUUUUACGUGCGUUCGACCAAUACAACGCCCACGACGUCGACCACCACGAUGACCACAGCCACGGCCACGUCGCCGACAACGACGGCUACCGUCACUGUCGCCACAACCUCUACUGCGACGAUGGCUUCAUGAAGGAGCUUUACGCGCGAGCGCUUUUUGCUCCAUCGUCACUGUCUUUUGUACAUAAAUGCGACUCUAGCUUGUUGAAAAGGUGUAAAUCAUGAAUUAUGAUGACGA